AUGAGUUUUCGUGAUGCAUGCUAUGCGCGUGGGUUGAUUUAUGAUGAGAAAGAAUAUAUUGAUGCAAUAUUAGAAGCUAGCCAGUGGUCAACUGCUAAUGCAUUACGCCGCUUAUUUGUUACAUUGCUUACGUCGAAAUCGAUUAGCCAUCCAGAAAAAGUAUGGAAUGCAACUUGGCAGUAUCUAUGUGAGGAUGCUGAAUAUCGAUUGCGUUGUGCAACGUUAAAUCAAGAUGUCUGUAUGACAGAUCAGAGAAAAAUAUUGUACGGUUUGGUGGAGGUCGAGAAACUUCUGUCUAUGUGGAAUCAAAGUUUGAAGGACUACCCUCAUAUGCCAAUUCCUGAUUGGUCUCAAAUUGAAACUUUGCAAAAUCGGUUGAUUUUGGAAGAAUUGUCAUAUGACUUAGAUCAAUUGCGCAAGAAACAUGACUUAAUGGUUUUGACUGCUGUGUCCAGUGUUAAUGGAGGAUUUUUCUUUGUCUACGGUUGCGGUGGUACGGGUAAAACAUUUGUUUGGCGCACACUGUCUGCUGCUCUACGUUCAGAGGGGAAGAUUGUACUGAAUGUAGCCUCUAGUGGAAUUGCUUCGCUAUUAAUGCCUGGGGGUCGAACAGCACAUUCUCGGUUUGCCAUUCCAAUUAUUGUCAAUGAGGAUUCUAUGUGCAAUAUUUCACAAGGAAGUGAUCUGGCAGAGCUUAUUAUUAAAUGCAGCUUGAUUAUUUGGGAUGAGGCUCCAAUGAUGCAUAAGCAUUGCUUUGAAGCAUUAGAUAAGACUAUGCGUGAUCUUUUGAGAUUUUGUAAUCCUUUAAGUGCUAACUUGCCAUUUGGAGGGAAGACUGUGGUUUUGGGUGGUGAUUUUCGACAAAUAUUACCGGUUAUACCGAAGGGCUCAAGGCAAGACAUUGUUGGUGCAUGUGUCAAUUCAUCAUAUCUAUGGUCGCACUGUACUGUAUUACGUUUAACCAAGAAUUUGAGGUUGCAGAGUACGAAUACUAUUGUGGAUCAUCAAGAGCUAAAUAGUUUUGCUAAUUGGAUCGUUGCUAUAGGUGAUGGUUUAACUGCUGGCCAGGAUGAUGGAGAAGUUACCGUCAAUAUAUCGUCACAACAUGUUUUGAAAUUUAUUGGUGAUCCAAUAACUGCUAUUGUUGAUAGUACAUUUCCUUCCUUUUGUGAGAGGCAACAUGAAGGUUCUUACUUAACUGGUAGAGCAAUUUUAGCGUCGACACUUGAGGUAGUUGAUGAGGUUAAUGAGUAUAUGAGUGCUUUGAAUGAGGUAGUUGAUGAGGUUAAUGAGUAUAUGAGUGCUUUGAAUGAUGCGUUCGGCAGGGUUAAUGAGUAUAUGAGUGCUUUGAAUGAUGCGUUCGGCAGAACAUAUCUGAGUUGUGAUUCAGUUUGCCCGACUGAGAGUAUUCCAGAAGUUGCGGCGGGAUUACACACCCCAGAAAUGUUGAACAGUUUUAGGUGUUCUGGAUUGCCAAAUCAUUGCUUGUCUUUAAAAGUUGGGUGUCCAAUUAUGCUAUUACGAAAUAUUGAUCCUUCACUGGGAUUGUGUAAUGGGACUAGGUUAAUUGUUUCAAAAUUGGCUGAUCAUGUCAUAGAAGCAAAAAUCUUAUUUGGAAAUCAUGCAGGCACUAAGGUUUUGAUCCCUCGGUUGUCCCUCACUCCUUCAGAUAUGAAGUUCCCGUUAAAAUUCCGACGGAAACAAUUCCCUGUAAUGUUAUCUUAUGCUAUGACCAUAAAUAAGAGUCAAGGUCAAACAUUAACAAAUGUUGGUUUGCUCUUAAAGAAACCAGUGUUUGUGCACGGCCAAUUAUAUGUGGCAUUGUCUAGGGUCAGUCACCCCAAUGGUCUGAAGUUACUUAUUUGUAGUGACAAAGAAGAGAAUGUGUCUUCUACGCUGAAUAUUGUGUAUAAAGAGGUCUUUAAUAAUUUAUAA